AUGACGGACUCCAAAAUGCAGGUCGAUACCCCCUCGCAAGAUACGGUCGAAAAGAUCAAGCAUGGCGACAUCGACGAGUCCUUGUACAGCCGACAGCUGUAUGUGCUUGGUCAUGAGGCUAUGAAGCGCAUGGGCUCAUCGAACGUUCUCGUUGUUGGUUUGAAGGGUCUUGGUGUUGAGAUCGCCAAAAACAUUUCUCUCGCCGGUGUCAAGUCCCUUACUUUAUACGAUCCUGCCCCCGUUGCUAUUUCCGAUCUCUCCUCUCAAUUCUUCCUUCAGCCCCAAGAUGUUGGCAAGCCCCGCGCCGAGGCGACCGCUCCGAGAGUUGCUGAACUGAACUCCUAUGUCCCAGUCACAAUUCAUGAGGGCAGCAACCUGUCGGGAAACUUGGAACAACUGAAACGUUACCAGGCGAUCGUUCUUACUCUCACUCCCUUGAAGGAGCAACUUGCGAUCGCAGACUUCUGCCACAAGAACGGAAUUUACCUCACAAUAGCGGAUACCUUUGGUCUAUUCGGCUACCUUUUCAACGACUUUGGGAAGAACUUCACCGUUGGUGACUCGACCGGUGAAGAUCCCGUGAAUGGGAUUGUAGCAGACAUCUCCGAAGAAGGUCUAGUUUCAGCGCUCGACGAAACCCGCCAUGGUCUAGAAGACGGUGAUUUUGUGACAUUCACCGAAGUGAAGGGUAUGGACGGAUUGAACAACAGUGCACCGAGGAAGGUCACCGUCAAGGGGCCAUAUUCCUUUACCAUCGGAGACGUGUCCGACCUUGGCACGUACCAGGGUGGUGGUCUGUUCACACAGGUUAAAAUGCCUAAAUUCGUCGAUUUCCAGCCACUCUCUGAGCAGAUCAAGAAGCCGGAGCUUCUGAUGUCAGAUUUCGCCAAGUUUGACCGUCCGCAGCAGCUCCACAUUGGUGUUCAAGCUCUACACAAGUUUGCUGAAGCUAAGGGGCAUUUCCCUCGCCCCCAUCAUGAGAGCGAUGCCCAGGAAAUCUUGAAAAUAGCAAAUGACCUAGCCUCUAGUCAAGAAGACAAGGUCGAGUUGGAUGAGAAGCUCGUCAAGGAGCUGAGUUACCAGGCUCAGGGCGACCUAAACCCCCUGGCUGCUUUCUUCGGAGGUAUUGUGGCACAGGAAGUACUCAAGGCAGUGUCUGGCAAGUUUGGCCCUGUGCAGCAGUGGCUCUACUUCGACUCGCUAGAGUCUUUACCUACUUCAGUCACCCGAUCCGAGGAGGCCUGUAAGCCUCUUGGAACUCGCUACGAUGGCCAAAUAGCUGUUUUCGGUAAAGAUUUCCAAGAUAAAAUCGCCAACCUCACCCAGUUCCUUGUCGGUGCAGGAGCUAUUGGAUGCGAGACCCUGAAGAACUGGGCCAUGAUGGGUCUUGGAACCGGUCCAAAGGGCAAGAUCUAUGUCACCGAUAUGGAUCAGAUUGAAAAGAGCAAUCUGAACCGCCAAUUCCUCUUCCGCACCAAAGAUGUUGGCAAACUCAAGAGUGAAUGUGCCUCCGCCGCCGUUGUGGCGAUGAACCCCGAGUUGAACGGCAAGAUAGUAACACUCAAGGACCGCGUCGGACAAGACACCGAGCAUGUCUUCAACGAAGAUUUCUGGGAAGGCCUUGAUGGUGUCACGAAUGCCCUUGACAAUGUUGAGGCAAGAACCUACGUCGAUCGCCGUUGCGUUUUCUUCAGGAAGCCCUUGUUGGAGAGUGGAACCCUUGGAACUAAGGGCAAUACUCAGGUUGUCCUUCCACGUAUCACUGAGUCUUACUCCAGCUCUCAGGAUCCCCCAGAGAAGUCAUUCCCCAUGUGUACGCUUAAGAGCUUCCCCAACCGAAUUGAGCAUACAAUCGCUUGGGCCAGGGACCUUUUCCAAACCUACUUCGUUGGGCCUCCGGAGGCUGUCAACAUGUAUCUGUCCCAGCCUAACUACAUCGAGCAAACGCUCAAACAGGCUGGUAACGAGAAGCAGACUUUGGAACACCUGCGUGACUUCUUGGUGACAGAUAAGCCUUUGACAUUCGACGACUGUAUUGUAUGGGCUCGCAACCAAUUUGAGGUUCAGUACAAUAAUGCCAUCCAACAAUUGCUCUACAACUUCCCCAAAGACUCGACCACUUCCACUGGUCAACCAUUCUGGUCUGGACCUAAGCGCGCUCCCUCUCCAUUGAAAUUCGAUAGCACGAGCCCUACGCAUCUCGGAUUCGUUAUCGCUGGAGCUAAUCUUCAUGCCUUUAAUUACGGUAUCAAGGACCCUGGCGCUGAUAAGGGCUACUAUAGAAAGAUUGUCGACAAUAUGAUUAUCCCUGAGUUCACGCCUAAGUCUGGUAUAAAGAUCCAGGCUGAUGAGAAUGAUCCCGAUCCAAAUGCUCAACCUUCUGGGUCCUCUUUCGAUGACACUGACGACGUCCAGCGUCUGGUUGACGUUCUUCCUUCUCCCAAGACGCUUGCAGGGUUCCGUCUAGAGCCGGUUGAGUUCGAAAAGGACGAUGACACCAACCACCACAUCGAUUUCAUCACCGCAGCCAGCAACCUCCGCGCUGAGAAUUACGAGAUUUCCCCAGCUGACCGCCACAAGACUAAAUUCAUUGCCGGGAAGAUCAUUCCCGCCAUUGCCACAACAACCGCACUCGUUACAGGCUUAGUGGCCUUGGAACUGCUGAAGAUCAUUGAUGGCAAGGAUGACAUCGAGCAGUAUAAGAACGGGUUCAUCAACCUAGCACUGCCAUUCUUUGGCUUUAGUGAGCCCAUCGCAAGUCCUAAGAGCAAGUAUCAGGGCAAGCAGGGUGAAGUAUCUAUCGAUCAGAUCUGGGAUCGCUUUGAGGUGGACGACAUUCCCUUGCAGGAUUUCAUCAAGCACUUCUCCGACCUGGGACUCGAUAUUAGCAUGGUCAGCUCCGGUGUCAGUCUUCUCUAUGCCAGCUUUUACGGUCCCGCGAAGGUUAAGGACCGUCUUCCCAUGAAGAUGAGCAAGUUGGUGGAGCACAUCAGCAAGAAGCCAAUUCCUGAUCAUCAGAGAAAUAUUAUCUUUGAGGUAACCGCUGAAGAUCAAACGGAAGAGGAUGUCGAGAUACCGUAUGUGAUGGUGAAGCGGGGCUAA